UUGGUAAAAAAAUAGGUAAACAAAUGGCGGCAGAAAUUGAGUCGAGUGAUGAGGAAAUCGUUAGUCCUCGACGUCGAAGAUUAAGUUCUGGUAGAAAAAGACAGUUGUUCACAGAUUCCGGUAAUGAUUCAAGUGACGCGGGGAACACAUGUUGUACCAAACAAGACAAACCAUCUGGGGGAAGAAGUUCAGAGCGCAUCAGGAAGCGACAUUCCCAAGAGUUUCGAAUGCCUGAUAAAAAUGAAUAUUGGAACAAAAUUCCGAACUGUCACAGUACUGUAGAGAGUGUGAAAUCUUUGACUCCAAGAAGGGUUAUCAGCAACUUAACUAAAGUGUACAAUAGUUACAAUGCAGAUACAUGUGAUUCAGAUGAAGAUGAAAUGAGCGAAUUUAUUGUAGAAGAUGACGAAAUUGAUGACGAAAACAGCACUAGCGAUAAAACAGACGACGAUGAAAAAAGACAUACGGGACGCAUAGAUAGAAGCAGAACUGAGUUUUCUGAAACAAAAUUACACAGGCUACGCGAGAUUUCAAGUUCCGAUUCAGAAUCGGAGGCAAACCAAGUCAACAACGCUAUCAAUGAAGAAGAAUUAAACGAGGAUAGCAUAUAUCAUACGAAUAAUGAUCCUAGUGUAUCAAAAAGUAAAUUAAAGAGACGAAAAAGUAACAUAAAAGUAGCAUCGAGUUCAGAUGGAGAAAAAGAUGAAUCUGUUGAUGAUACAUUAGACAAUGAACAUUUUGAAAAAAAAUCUGAAUCCGAAAGUGAUGAUAACAUACAAAGUACUAGUAGUAAAAGGAAACGGAGUAUAGAGAGUAGUGAUUCGGAUUCAGAUCCCGAGAGUAAAACGUCUGAAUCUCGUAGAAUGUCAGCUACAACCAGGACAACAGAACGUUUAAAACAAAGACAGGAAUUAUUUAGAGAACUUAAAGAAACGAGACAAAAAUCGUCGUAGUGGUUAACAAUGUUAUUCCGUUAUAUUUUUUACUAUUAUCUAUUAAAAUUAAAUGAUAAAAUCCAAAACCA